GCAUGGCGGCUCUGUGUGGAGCUGGAGCCGCGCUGACUCUGACCGUGUGAGUGUCCACAGAGAGUCCACAGAGGGACAUGGGGCGGGACAGCGCGUGGGACGUGUCUCUUUAAAGACACUCUGUAUGAACAUGCUGAGCGUGUGCGCGCUGAGGCUCACGGGGCCGCGCGGCUCCAGAGCCGUGUCUGUGUGCGGCUCUUUCUGCGGCUCUGUUUGUGGCUCCGUGUCCGCGCGGAGCAGGAGUGUGUGCGCGCAUGAGCCCCUGUCAUGGCGGCCUGCGCGCGCACCUGUCCCAGACUGUGUGAGACUCACUGAGAGCCGAGUCCCGUGCUCCGCGAUCCGGCUCUUCACGCGCACGGGGCGCACGUUUGGAUCUGUGUUUUUACCCUGGAGAGGACAGAGGACACUCUGGACUAAUGUCCAGCCCUGGACUAAUGCCCAGCCCUGGACUAAUGCCCAGCAUGCACCUGGAGCACGAGGACUCUGUGACACCAACAAACACCUGAACAAGAGUCCACAGGCGGACCGCAGUGAAGACAGUCCAGUCUCUGGACAUGGACUUUUCAAGUUCAAACAACUGUACGAGAAUCCCUGGACCGUCCCAAACCUGCUGUGCGUUUGCCGGAUCCUUCUGGCCCCUGUCCUUGGACACCUGAUCAUGACACAGCACUUCCACCUGAGCCUGGCCCUGUUCACACUCGCAGGAGCCACUGACCUGCUGGACGGCUACAUCGCUCGGACGUGGCCCAGUCAGAAGUCGGCUCUGGGCAGCGCUCUGGACCCUUUGGCUGAUAAGAUUCUUAUUAGUGUUUUAUACGUCAGUCUCACCUACGCCGAGCUGAUCCCAGUUCUGCUCACAGCUCUCGUCAUCUCCAGAGACAUCGGCCUCAUCGCUGCAGUGUUCUGGGUCCGCUACAAGACAGUGCCUCCCCCGGUGACCCUCAGCAGGUUCUUUAACCCCUGCUACACCACGGCACAGCUCAAGCCCACUCUCUUCAGUAAAAUGAACACGGCCGUCCAGCUGUUUCUCGUGGCGGCGUCUCUGGCUGCUCCCGUGUUCCAGUACACAGACUGUGCUGCGCUGCAGUGUCUAUGGUUUGUCACUGCAGUGACCACAGCAGCGUCCGGGUACAGCUACUGGCACUACGGCCGCAAGACGGUCAAAUUACUCAACACUCGAUCACCGUGACGAUCACAGCACCUUCACAUCCUGAUUAUGAGCUCAGGAAAUAGAUUUUGUAAAAAAUGACUUAUUAAAAAUGACAUAUCACUUUCAG